AUGCCUCCCAAGCGCGCCGCUCAGAAGCAGCAUACCAAGCCAGGAAAGCCGCGCAAAAGGCGGAAUACACGCGUUACUUCUCAGUACUCAGACCGGCCUACUCGCUCGCCCUUGACUGCCGAGGACCUGCAACACCUUCGCGAACGAAUGGUGGAGCAACUGAAGGGACGCGAGCCCAGGUUCUUCCAAUUCCGCCUCGCUCAGGCGCAAGAAGAGGGACAGGAUGCUGUUUGCCAAGCAGCUACCGGGCAGGGAAAGACGGGAGCUGCCGCUGCUCCAUUCGCACUCGAGAGGAAUGCUACAAAGACCACUCUCAUGAUCUCCCCCCUUAUAGUCCUCCAGAACGAGAUGGUCAAGACCUUUCAAGACGAGUUCGGCCUCCCCGCUGUGGCCAUCAGCUCUGCGGUUGACUUGACGGAUGGUUUAUUCCGGGAGAUUGUCGCCGGGAAGUUUCGCAUAGUCUUGCUCUCACCCGAGAUGUUGCUAUCGCAUCGGUUCAUCGAGCGCGUCCUCAGGAAGCCAGCAUUUCGCUCUCGUGUCUAUUCAAUCUUCGUCGACGAAGCGCACUGCAUCUCGCAUUGGGGAGCCGAUUUUCGCAAAGAAUACAGUCGAAUCGGCACCGUUCGCCCUCUCCUUCCUCCCGACGUGCCAGUCAUCGCCGUCUCGGCAACUCUGACUCGUCGCGUCACAAGAAGCAUUGUCGACACGCUGCAGCUCAACCGGAGCAAAGAGCGCCGCUAUCUCCACCUGAACAUGGGCAACGACCGACGUAACGUCUCUCUCAUCGUGCGCCCAAUCCUCAAUGCUAUGAACUCGUACACCGAUCUUGACUUCGUCAUCCCGGAGAAGCUAUCGAGUGCCAUGGACAUUCCAAAGACCUGGAUCUACGUGGACAGCAUCAAAACCGGUAACGAGAUCGUCCACCAUCUCCAGCAGCUUGUUCCCGAGCCACUCCGCGAGGUCAUCCGCCCGUUCAAUGCGAUCCUCAGCCAGGAGUAUCGUGAAGAGGCUAUGAAGAUGUUCAAAUCGGGAAGUGUACGUGUCCUAGUCUGCACAGAUGCAGCUGGCAUGGGCUGCAACGUACCGGAUAUUCACUUCAUGCAGCGAGCGGGUCGGGCGGCACGAGCUCUGGAAUCCGGUUACGCUAUCAUGCUCGUGGAGCCCGCUGCAUACACAGUCUUUCUGGAUGCAGAGGUCGGGAGGGAUAAAGCCCCGUCAGGUCGCGUACGUGGAAAGCAGGCAUCGAAAUCGCACCUCAGCAAGAAGGAGCAAACCGCGUAUGCGCGCGCGCACGGUCGAUAUCGCGGCGCUCGUAGCGGGAUCGCGGACGAUUUCCCUCCCAUGUCGAAGUGGCAGCCAUCGGUGAUCGAGGAAGACGACGAGACGGAGGGUGUUUACCACUUUGUACAGUCGCGGCGCUGCCGAAGAGAGAUCUUAUGCGAAGUCUUUGAUGACAAGAAAGCCGAUGUGCCGUGCUGCGAUGUCUGCGACAAGUCUCUCCUGAGCCUCGUACGUCCGGGCAAGAAUAAGAAAGAUGCGCCCCGCCCGCGUCUCGCCUUCGAGAAGGAGGGAUCUCAUGCGCUUUGGAUCCUGCUGGACGAUUGGCGGGACGCAUUCGUUCGGGCAGAUGUAUCGUGGCAGGCUAUGGGCCCGGAGUGCGUUUUGUCGAACGAUAUCAUGGACCGCAUCUCUCGAUUGAAGCACGACAAGUUCAGCCAGCAUCUCCGCAAGCUGCUGGAGUCCGAGUGGUUUCUUUGGAAGGACAAUGGGGAACGGUUGAUCGAUCACAUCUUGUCCUCUUUCCCUCAUCCCGCUACAGCCGGCGCGUCGGCGACGCCCCAGAGGGAAGCCUCCGCUGGCGGUUCACCUCCUCAAGAACCAACCAUUGCCUCAGAAGCGUUCAACGGUGCAAGGGGAUCAUCAGGAAGGACGAACGAAGUCGAAGAUUCGAUGGCAGGGCGCAUCGUCUCACAGGCCUCUCAAGCUGUGCGCGCGUCUGCGCCCCUAACGUCUACCCCUGCUCCUGGAACAAGCGAAGGAGAGCAGCAUCGCCGACCGCCCUCGAUGACGCCAACCCCCAAUUCCGCUCGGAUAACUUCAUCCCUGCUGAGACCAUCACCCUCGACGCUCUGCGCAACCACUCCCACUCCGGUCAAUCAACCUCAUCGUCAUGCGACACAUCCAUCGAACACCCCGAUACCCACGCAGGCGUCUCGUGCAUUGGCGGCGCUUGCUCGUCAAAACCCAAAUCCAACACCACCCCAACACCAACCUCCUAGCGGUCUCUCCUCGAGACUGACGACUCCGUGGGCACCAAGACCACAUUCCUGGAAUGCUGGGCCACCCCCACAGUCUCUCGCCGCCGACGGUCUCUCGCGCCCCUCUCUGCAAACUCCCCACCAGGUCGAAGGGCCUCGCAUGGCACAUCAUUCAUAUUCGUCUAGUGCCCGACCAUCGCCCACGCCCUACCAGCACGCCUCGUACCGCACGCCGCACUACCUGCAACAGACCGCGCCGACGACGCCUUUUGCACAGUCUGUGCAUGGCACAAGAGCCGCUUCCUCGUCAAGCGCUAUCGGCCCGGCUGCAUCGUGGAUGCCGCCGCAAUCUUCCACGACUCAGUCUACACCAGUCGGCCCACCAAUUUCUCGACCACUUUACAGGCAGCAGGAAUAUGUUCCGGACGCCUUCGAGGCGUUGCGCGGUGACCUCAUGCGCCUCACUGCUCCCUGCUCGGCGAUUAUGCGUGGUGGAUCCUGUCGCGUAGGUCGUGUAACAUCCCCGGCCCUUCUUUUGGUAGUGCAUCGCUACGAGGACGGUACUGUACGUCCUGCUGGUGUACUGCGCAAGGCCGAGGUUAUCUGUGAGUGCACGGCUCGUUCUCAAUCAAGUCGUGCUAUGCCCUAUACAUGA